CUUUGUGUCUGUUUCUGCCAGAGAAUGCAGCCCCAAAUCCUGGAAGGAGUCCCCGCAGAGCUCUGGGAGUGCGGGAGUGGUACGGAGCGAUUUGUUAAAAAAUAAAUCCGUAAACUAUUUACCAACAAGGGAGGGGUUGAUAAAUACAGAUUUGUAUAUAAAACGAUACAUAACUAUUUACAAGGAUGAGUUAAAUAUACAUAUAUGUGCCAGGAGUUAGGCUGUAUCUAUGUUUAUAUUUUUAAUGAACAUUUAACAAGGUAUUAAAAAUAGCUUGCAUUUUUGUAAGGGAAAAUUUAUUACAUAUGCUUAUAUAAACAGAAUCAGUUACUUCAGAGAGUUAAGAGUAUAUUAGUUUUAAGUAUGUUUUCUUCAUACACCUCUAACAUUUCAGUAGGAAUAUAUAUUAUUUUGUAACAAAAAUGGAUAAAUUUAAUAGACUAAAAUAGAUGAAAUAUCCUUGCACAAAUAGCUGGUAGUGACACAUCCAUAAAUAUGAUUUCUCUCUGUGUGGGGAAGUCUUGAACUUUCCCCCUAGUCCUGUCUCAUUUUAGUCAAGUAAGAGCAAGAUAUAACACCUGACUUUAGAGCCAUAAGCUGACUAUAUGGUCCCGCCUUGAAUCCAUGUCUUCUCAUCCAGCUUGGGGAGCUCAACUUUAGAAGCUGGGAGAAAAACCACUUGCCUCUUUUAUGGCUGGUCCCAAAGGCCUGAAAGAUUUGUGUGGCCUCUGUACAUUCUGCUGUUUCCUCACCCUUCACUCAUCACUGAACUGGCCCUUAUUCUGUGGGUGCCUAAGAAGAAGGUGUCCCUGACCAAACCAUUCUCAAGAAGUGACCGUUAAAAAUGGUCCCCUACCACAAAACAGUGUCCAGGCUGGACCUUCCACAGGAAUGUGGAUUCAGUGGUAAAGGGUAGAUUCCUAUAUCCUGUAUCACUUCAGGGUUUCAUUAAAAGUCUCCAAACUAGAGUAAACAUAAGUCAAGAACUUUAUUUUAUUCUUCUUCAGAUUCUCCACUUCAUCAUGUGGCCACGAACACGUGUUUGGUAAUGUCUGUUUGGUGGAUGGAUGGACAAGAUAGAUGAAUGUGGGAUGAGGAACUCUUAGCACACUCCUCAACAAGACAAAGAGCAGCUUAACAAAAUGAAUCAAAUCACACCUUUCCUAUGUUGUUUACCCAACUCAUUGGCCAGCUCCUGCGGUUGACCUGGGAACUGUAUAAUCCAGUACUUACAGCUUCAGGCCAAACACAUUCCAGACUAAACGUUCUGCAGGCUUCACUGCACCUACUCUCACCAGCACCACCCCUCCCGCACCCCGCACCUCCCUCACCCAGCGCAGACACUCAGAGCCUUUGGGCACCUAAAGCCCUGGAGCAUGUCAGGACUUUGACCUUUCCAGGGUCAAAGUUGGGGGUUGGGGGGCGGUGGGAGUGGUCCUGCAGAGACCAGCAACACCCAGAUAAUUUAAGAGCAAGGCCCCGGGAGAUGGGUAGCAUUACCUCCAGGGUUCCUUUUAGCUCAAAUCUCAAUAGCUCCUCGCAGAGCACACGCACAAAAAAAGCACAAGAAAAUGGGGAAGGGGAAGGUCAUCGCCUCCUGACAAGCAAGGGUGACAAACACUGCAGCAAGAAGAAAAUAGAGACCGAGUUGCAAGAAGACAGCAGAGAAGAAUCCGAGAGCACACACGGUCUCCUCGGGCAUUCCCUCCGUCUCCGGGUCUCCCCCAUCCCACCCCACCCCCGGGUCGCAGAGCUCCGGGGCGGUGGCCUCUGUCGAUCCCAGGCCUCUUUGGGUCCAGAAUCCAUCGCUGACUCUCACUUACCGUUUGCCCGGCUUUUUCUGCGGCGCGAGUUCGGGGCGGAGAGGACUGGCUCCGAAGGGCAGCGGCCGUUCCCUAAGGCAAGGAGCUUCUCAGGUGAGAAGGGAGUGGGCGGCGGAUGAGGCUGAGGA